UAACUGUGUUCAAAAACAUGUUUUAUGGCUACAUUCAAGCACAAAUUGAAGGGAGAAAUCCUCUGGAAGGAAUAUCUCCAAAUGAACUUCAAAAAUUACUCGCACCAAAUCAAUCAGGUACCAUUCAUAAUGAGAAUGGAGAAAAUAGGAAUGACAAUGCAGAGGAACACAAUAAAGAUGAAGAAGUGGAACAGGAUGAUGAUGAUGAUAAUGAUGAUGAUAAUGAUGAUGAUAACGAGGGAGAUGACAUGAAUGAUGAUGAUGGAUAUGAUUGAUUUCUGUUAGUUUUCAAUUGUCGUUUAAAUUCUUUUUGCAUUUGAAUUCUUUAGGGAUUUAA